AUGCAUCUAACAUGCACAGUAUAAUGCGCGCAAAAUCGACGUUGUUGAUCUUUCCUGCAAAUUUAGAGCCACGUGCUACCACCGUCGUGGCCAUAGACUUUUAGUUGUGAAUCAUACCCAUUCGUAGAACAGUUAAAUUACAGACAAAUGAUUGGAAUCAAGACAAAGGCUGGAUUUUUAUUCCGUAGAUUUAUAACCUCAAAAAUCUCGAAAUUCAUAGAAGCUCAAAAUGUACGUGGGGGAAGAUACGCAAAAUUUUGCACUGUUUCAGUGGAUCAACCGCCUCGGAGGACAAGUGUUCCGCUCGGUAGAAGACGUGUGAAAGCGAGGGAAAAGAUAUUAGAAUAUUUCAGCGGGACAACGCUCCAGGAACACAUCGACGAUCUGCCAAUAAAUCUGAUGAAUUUGUCAAGCACAAAUAGCGAGCAUUUAUACUUGUGUCACGAUGGUGUGGCCUCGCAAGUUGUAAAUUUGAUACAAAACGAUCUCAUGACAGACUCUUCCAAAGUCAUUGAAAUGAACCCAGGGAUGGGUUGUUUGACGAAGAAAAUUAUGGACGCUGGCAUUCAGUUCUUAAAAGCAUUGGAACCAAAUGAAAAGUUUGAGCCAUUUUUGAUGGACUUGUCGAAAGAAUAUCCGGAUAAAUUAACAAUUGACAAAACAGAUUUUAUGAGCUUUUGGAAACUAGUUCACCUCGACAAGUACGACGAGGUCAAAAGGGUGGCUCAGCUUCUUCCAGAGUUUUCACGUGUUCCAUGGGGUGACAAGCCUGGUCUGAAAGUUGUCGGAACUGUUUCGGAUACCAAAUUUGUUAGUUUUGUAAUGAUGGAUAUAAUUAGACAAAGCAAGAUGUAUUCCUACGGAAGACCGUGCCUUUAUCUCUGUUUACCGCCACGCGUUUGGGAGAAAUUCACAUGUGAUGGAUCAACCGGACUGGUCAGGUACACGAGUCUGCCCAUAUUAUUUCAAACGAUAUUUGACUACAAACUACUUGGUCAAGUACCUAGAAAAGCAUUUUUACCCUGGCAGUUGACUCCCAUGCGAUCUGACAAAGGGAAAAAGACCAGGACUGAGGAGUACAUGUACGUUGUUGGGAUCGAAGGGAAGAAAAAUCUCUUCUCAGAAGUUAUUGAUGAAAGACUCUUACAGGCGUAUUGGUUUUUUGUUCAUCACAAUAUGUACGCACGAACAAGCAAAGUUAUACAACAAAUGGAAGCCUGGGAACCGGGUUGUGGACCUGCUUUAAUCAAGCAAGGAUUUAAUGUUUUCACUCAAUUUGGGGAUUUGACAUCGGAAGAUAUAUUGAAAAUCUUCAAGGAAUUUUCUACCUGGCAUAGCUUUGGAUCUUCGUUCAUACCUUGUAUGGAGAAUUCAUCCCAGAAAAUGGAGACGCUCUUCUUCUGAGUCAGAAAUAUGGUUCCUUUACAUCCUGUACAAAUAGUACUAGUUAGCCUUGGAGCUCAAGAGGCUCCGUGGUAUAACGGUAUAUUACAUUACUCUACAGAAAACCUCUCAGUGUAACUAGCGCCGCAGUGCUAGCCUGCCACUAACCAGCAAAGCUUUAAAGCGACAAAGAAUAAUAAAUAUCAAUAACAGAAUCGAA